CAAAAAUAUUAUCGAGUGUUUGCGAGAUCCGGAUUCCGAACAACUUUUCACGGAUAUAAUUUAGAUUCCACGAUUAACGUCAUUUUAUUGCCAGUUAGUUUUCAGUCGUCAAUAAAAAUACGUUUGCUCUGGUAGUACUGUUUAGAUUAACCGAGAUCCCAAUUAGAAGUUUUUGCGGUUUUUUGAUAAAACUGUCCACGACUUUGAACUGAAGAACUACCGUUCUCUAAAAAAAGAACUAUUGGACAUUCAUUCAAAAGAACUAGUUCUUUUGAACCGUUCGCGAACGAAUUGCCCAACUCUAGUUCAGACGAAAAGUGAAACCUUUUACCAUGGACAUUCGAUGCUGCUUAUGCCUUCAAUCGACGACAAACGAUUUGAUUUCAACAUCAUGCAAAAUAUUCCCGCAAAAACAACUAUCUGAAAUACUUAGCGCUACAUUGGAAUCAUUUGAUGACGAAAACAGCUCACAAAAGCAUCUGUGCACAAAAUGCUUCCGUCAGGUUAACCAACUGUAUUUGUUGUGGGAACGUUCCAAAGUAGUACAUCUUCAGAAAAAGUGUACCGAAGGCCUAGAGCAAGAAUGUUAUAGUUGCAGAAUCUGCACACGGGACGACGCCGAAGAAUUGAUCGAAAUCAAUUGCCUUAGUGAACGCUGGAAUUUGCCAAUCGAUCAGCUGUUACUAAGCUUAACCGGAACUGUAUUCAAGGAACGUGACUGUUUACCACCAUACAUUUGCCUAGACUGUUUAAAGGACGUGGAGGAAGGGUAUGGGUUCAAAAAUCGGUGUAUUGAUGGCACCCUGAAGUCUUGGCAAAAAAUGGAGUUUCGGCCGGAUAAUCCCAAUGACUUGGUUAUCGAUCUCUGCGCGGAAAUCGUUCCCUUGUGGAAAGUUCGGGAAAAUGAGAAGUCAUUUGAAAUGAUACGAGUUGAGAAAUAUUCGUGCUCCAUUUGUAACCUUGAGUUCAAUUUGAAACAACGCAAAACGCAAUGCGACGGAUGCAAGCUGAAGUUUUCGAAUAGCGAUGAAAUAUUCGACUGUCCUGGUAAGAGCAAGUUUUCCGAAAUCGAUUCUGAGGACUUUAAGGUUGAAGAUGACGAAAGUGAAGCAACCGACUCCGAGGAAGACAUCGAGGAUCGAAAAGAUGCAACUUCCGGGAAGUCGGCCAAACGUAAGUUGCCAGACGUAACCACGUUGUUUGAUAUUGUGGAGAAGGAAUCCGAAAGCUUUUACUUGAAAGUACGACGGAAAGGUCCAAUAUGUUGCGGAUGCAAUGAAUUUUUUCUCACCGACACGGAACUAGAAGAACAUCGCAAAAGGUACCAUUCGCAGUCCACUGGCUAUGGUACGUUUGAAUGCGAACUUUGUCUUAAAGCUUUCGCACACCCAUCAAUUUUGAACCGCCACAAGAACAAACAGAAAAAUUACGUUUAUGAUUAUUGUGAACGGUGUCAGAUAAUUCUUUUAUGUGGGCCAGCGCUUAUGAGACACGAAAUUGCUGUUCACAUGAAACAAGAGUCGUUGAGCCAAGCCGCAGGUAGGUAUACUGAAAAGGUGACCAUUUUUUACGAAUGUUGUGUGCAGACCUGCCGCAAUCGUUACUCGAGUAAACAACAGCUGAUGCAUCAUUUUAAUCAAACCCACAAUCUCAUCGACGUGAGCAGUAAGGUAAACACGUGUGAAUACUGUGGGUUAACUUUCAAAACUAAAUAUGACUUUCUGGUACACGCUAAUCGUAGAAUCGAUUGUGUACGAUACCAAUGCACCAUCGAGAACUGUAAGUUUGCAGUCAGUAAUCUCUCCGGCAUUGUUUGGCACUGUACGGAAAAGCGCCACAAACGGGUUGGGCCGACGAAACGUUGGAAAAAAAAUAUUCCUGAUCUGAAACAUUUCGAAUUGGUCGGUACGAUAGACGAUGUCACGGACAUUUUACAGCGAAAAAGUGAAGCAUGUUGCGGAUGUUCCCAGUUCUUCGAGCAAGUCGAUGAUUUGAAAAAUCAUUGCAAGGAAAUCCAUCAACCAGUUGAAGAUGAGCAUCCAUACCGCUGUCCGCACUGUGCCAGAGGGUUCGAAUCCGAGUUCGGGUUAAGCACACACUUGUACACAGCUGCCAAUCGAACCCACUAUUACUGCCGACCUUGCAAAAUGUUUAUGUGGAAAAAACCGGAUUUGAAUUUCCAUAAAGCUCGUUACCACACCGAUGACCAGCGAGUUGAAGUCGAAGGGCAGUACGAAACCGAACUGGAAAAUUGCUUCACCUGUUGCGGCUGUGACGAACAGUUUCACACCCAACAGGAAUUGACACAACAUCGCACAUCGAAGCAUCAACUGGAUGUGGAACGGAAGCCGAAAUACCACAAGUUGCGGUGCAGUCAAUGCAAUAAAUAUUUAGCUAGUUCGGAAAAGCUGAAGCAACAUCAAGAAAUGUACGAAAGUCGUAAGAUAUACUCAUGCAAGGAAUUGUCUUGUGUGUUUCGCACCAGAGAUAUUUCAUCGAUGGUACAUCAUUUGUCCGCUUCGAACCAUCGUACUGCGGAUGGAAGAAAAUUCUACACUGCCAAGGGACAGCUGGAGGUGUAUCGUUGCUGUGGUUUUCUUUGCGACUUCACUAGCACUUCCUACGAGAAUAUUAUUGAGCACGGUUGCGACACUCAUACGGAAAAACGAGAACGUAACUGGAACUGCUAUGAAGAUAAUGCGCUACAUUGCCCAGUUUGUCUGAAAGGAUUCGACGAUCCGGCAAAGCUGGCUAAUCACCAGUUUUCCAAGAUGAAACUGAAAUCUGACCAAAGGUGCCGGAUUUGCAAGAAAAUUAUCAGUAAAGAUGAAUUCAAUAAGCAUCUGGAAAACUGCUCGAAACAUGUGAACCCUACCAAUCAUGCUACGAACGACCGACCGAAAGCAAAACCGACGAAAAAAGUUUGCAGCAUUUGUGGAAAAUCUUUGUCCGUCAGUGGUAUGUUCAAUCACAUGCUUGCGCACGAGAACAAGCGCGCCUGGAAGUGCACGUUGUGUCCGAUGCGAUUCAACAACGAAACAAUGCUUCGGAACCAUGCUACGGUACACAGCGACGAGAGAUUGUUCCAAUGUCGUCAUGGAUGUGAAAAUCGCUACAAGAACGCGAUCGAUCGUACUCGUCACGAAAAUUUUGUACAUUUGGGAAUCAGACCCUUCAGCUGUCGGACAUGUUCGAAAUCAUUCGUGCGCAACCGAGACCUCCAACUGCACGAACGGAGACACACGGGGAAACAGCUUUACGAAUGUGAUACCUGCAGUGAGAGUUUUAAUAAAUUGAGCCAACUGAAACUACACAAGGAACAGUGUUCAAAAGAUGAAGGUUAAAUUAUCUUUGAAUUUGAUUAUACUUUGUUUGAAAAAAGCUGUAUCAAAACUGAUUCCGACUUUUUU